AUGGUUAGUAAGAAAGGUGUGGCUCUAACACACCUUCUCUUUGCGGAUGAUAUUCUUGUUUUCUGCAGAGGUGAUCUUCAUAGUUUGCAAAAUUUGAAGACUAUGCUUAUUGUCUAUGAGAAGGCUUCAGGCCAGUGCGUAAAUUAUGCGAAGAACAAAUUUUAUUACGGCGGUGGAACUUAUUCUCGGAGUAUUGCUAUUGCUAAUUAUUUGGGCAUGGAAAGAGCCUUAUUUCCGGAUAAAUAUAUGGGAAUUCAAUUGAAGCCUGGCAUUGUGCGGCACAUUCAUGUCAGGCAGGUAGUUGAAAAGAUUAUGGACAAGUUGGCUGGUUGGAAGGGUAAACUUUUAUCUUUUCAAGCUAGACUGGUUUUGAUCAGAUCAGUGAUUGCUAGCUAUGUUAUUCACUCUAUGGCUAUUUAUAAAUGGCCUUGCAAUAUCAUUAAACAGGUUGAGAGGGCCAUUAGGAAUUUUCUUUGGUCGGGUGAAAAACGUAAGUUCUUUACGGUGUUGUUUGACAACCUGUGUUGUUCAAGACGUGAAGGUGGUCUAGGCCUUAGAAGAUUGGUUUAUGUUAACAAGGAUAUGCUUAUGAAGUUAUGGAUUUCAAUUCGCGGACAAGACUUGGGCCAGAUUUUUGAGGGCGAAAGAUUAGGUAUUACUUCCAAAGGCCCUAAUGAUUUUAAGGCUAAGGUUAGUGAUAUCAUUUUUGAUGGUGCUUGGGCUAUUCCUCAAAGCACUCGGGAUUUGAUGGUUCGGCUCAUUAUUGAUGUUGGAAACUUGCUUAUUAUUGCUGGGGGCGAUGAUUAUAAGAUUUGGGAUUUAGAUAGCAAAGUAGUCUUCUCAGUUAAAUCUGCAAAGGCUGCCAUUAGAGAGAAUUGUUGUGCUAGUGAUGAUAAUGUUAUUAAGAAGACUGGAAGGUUUUUGCCUUCAAUGUGCCGUUUGUGUAGACGGGAUUGCGAAACUCUUAGUCAUAUUACUUGGCAGUGCAGAUUUUCCAAGAUAAUUUGGGAUUGGGCGGCUCGUAUUUUUAAUCUACAACCAAGAAAAGAUUUGGUGGCUUCGUAUAAGGCUGCUAAGGGGUGCAGUAGGAUGAUUAAGGAUCUGUGGUUGGUUGCUAAUCUUGCAAUCACUACGGAGUUAUGGAGACUGCGCAACAAAGUUUAUUUUGAAGAUGCUGUUGUACAUUGGCUAGGUUUUAAAGGUAGAUUUUAUCAUUUAAUUCGUGAUAACUCAAUACGAAUGAAGGGCCAUAUGAAUAAUACAAUGGAGGAUUUACGCAUCUUGAAUUAUUUCAAAGUGAAGCAUAGAUCGUGCAAAGUUUCUUCUCCAAUUGAGGUAAGGUGGUGUCCUCCUAACCAAGAUGAAAUCAUGAUUUGCUGUGAUGGUGCGUCCCUUGGAAAUCCAUGCCCGGCUGGUGUUGGCGUUACUUUUCGUGAUGCAAACGCAGCUGUUUGGGUGUCCUCUGCGUUGGCCUGGGAUUGCAGACAAACUUUUAUGCGGAAGCGUGCGCAGUUAUAUAUGGUGCUAUGUUGGCCAGAAGGUGGAAUUUUAGGAGUAUCUGCGUACAAUCUGAUUCGAUGA